CGGCGGCGGCGGCAGCGCCGCGGGCGCGCGGGGCGGGGCGGGCGGGGAAGAUGGCGUACCAGAGCCUGAGGCUGGAGUACCUGCAGAUCCCGCCCGUGAGCCGCGCGUACACCACGGCCUGCGUGCUCACCACGGCCGCCGUGCAACUAGAGUUGAUCACCCCCUUCCAGCUCUACUUCAACCCCGAGCUCAUCUUCCGGCACUUCCAGAUAUGGAGAUUAAUCACCAAUUUCUUGUUCUUUGGACCAGUUGGAUUCAACUUUCUAUUUAAUAUGAUUUUCUUAUACCGUUACUGCCGAAUGCUCGAAGAAGGCUCUUUCCGAGGCCGGACAGCAGACUUUGUAUUUAUGUUCCUUUUUGGGGGAUUCUUAAUGACUCUUUUCGGUUUGUUCGUGAGUUUAGUUUUCUUGGGCCAGGCCUUUACUAUCAUGCUCGUCUAUGUGUGGAGCCGAAGGAAUCCAUAUGUUCGCAUGAACUUCUUUGGUCUUCUCAACUUCCAGGCCCCCUUUCUGCCCUGGGUCCUUAUGGGCUUUUCCUUGUUACUGGGCAACUCCAUCAUCGUGGACCUCCUGGGAAUUGCGGUGGGACACAUAUAUUUUUUUUUGGAAGAUGUGUUUCCCAAUCAGCCAGGGGGAGCAAGAAUUCUGAAAACACCUGCUCUUUUGAAGGCAAUUUUUGAUACGCCGGAUGAGGAUCCGAACUACAACCCCUUACCCGAGGAGCGGCCGGGAGGCUUCGCCUGGGGCGAAGGGCAGCGCCUCGGAGGCUAGGAAGACGGCGUCGAGUGCGAGAUCCCCUGGGCAGGAAGGACUCCACGGAGAUCUCCUGGGGAUGCUUUCACUCUGUGUUUCGGACGUGCGGACACUCUUGGCGGCCCCCAGUUUUAAGUCCAGAAGCACUUUAUGCGGCGCCCUGUCUGUGGCCCACCCAGGAGACCUCUCCAGUGGCCGCCUGUGUCCCUCCACUCUGUUUACACUGGUCCUGAAAGCGUCACCCGUGGAGCCAGAGCCUCGGAGGAGCCACGCGUGGCCGGCUCCGGACCCCGUACCCGCUAAUGCGCAGGAGGAGGCCGAACUCUCUCCCCUCGCGCUUCUUGGUGGGAGAGCCGCCGUGCGUGGACGGUUCUGAGAGGACCCCAAUAAAACUGAAUUCAUUCUCUCUCCCUGGA